UUCAUUUUCCUCCUCCAAAAAAGUAUACACAGAGGAGAGAUUUUCUUUUGUUUUCAUCUUGUUUCUUCAGUCCUCUGAAUCAGAGCAAUGUCGGCCGUUCGAGACGAAGAUCCUCGCAUCCAUGGCAUCCGGACUAACAUCCGCGUCGUUCCUGAUUUUCCGAAACCAGGUAUCAUGUUCCAGGACAUUACGACUCUGUUGCUUCAACCGAAGGCCUUCAAGGAUGCGAUUGACAUGUUCGUGGAGCGAUAUAAGGGGAAGAACAUCACCGUCGUUGCGGGAAUUGAGGCGCGAGGGUUUCUUUUUGGUCCUCCAAUUGCGUUGGCCAUUGGAGCUAAGUUUGUGCCACUGAGAAAACCAAAGAAAUUGCCUGGUGAAGUUAUGUUUGAAGAGUACGUGUUGGAGUAUGGACGGGAUUGCCUCCAAAUGCAUGUUGGCGCUGUGGAGGCGGGCGAACGUGCUUUGGUUGUUGAUGACUUGAUUGCCACCGGCGGCACCGUCUGUGCAGCCAUCAAUUUACUUGAACGAGCUGGAGCCGAAGUGGUUGAAUGCGCAUGCGUAAUUGAGUUGCCGGAUUUAAAGGGUCGAGAGAGAUUGAGAGGGAAGCCACUGUACAUUUUAGUGGAGUACCGAUGAAUGCGGCGGUAAGAUGGCUAAAUCGCCGCCGUGGACGACGGUAAAACGAGAUGUGUACAUUAGACGACAGCCACUUGUUGCCGGAAUCAUUUUGAUCUCCUCAUUCUCAGGUGUUUGUUUCUGUUCCUCGUCUUUUUUUUUUCUUUUUUUUUUGUCCAAUUUAAUCUUUGAAUUUUAUGUUCUGAAUCUCGUGGGAAAAAAGCCAUUGUGAUUUCC